UUGUAAUGUACGCAGUGUACAAUAUUAUUAUAUAUUAUAAUAUCUGAACUUCUGAAAUUUUAACUCUACUUAAAACUUAAAUACUUAUCACAAAUUCACGAAUCACGACGAAAAAUCUUUAGUUUUCUAAUUUCUUUAAAUGCUGUUUACUUUUUUCAAAUGUCAUCGAAUUGAUUUGAUAUAGGUACACGAAUAAUAUACCUAGUUUAUGAUAUAUAUUAUAUAUGCAAUAAUUAGUGAGCCUUGUAUGUAAUGUAUGUAUGUGUCACGUAGAUGUCAUAUUAGUGAAUUCACCUCAAAAAUUGUUUCGGGAAUAGAAGAAAUUUUAAAUUAAUUAAAAGUUUCAAAAUGCACAUUUAAAUAUGAUAUUUCACCGAUCUAAUGAAUUAAUUUCUGUUUGUAUAUUUGCCGUUUCACUAUAUUCAAUUCCAUAUACAAAUGGGAUAAAUAACAAUUAUAUUAAAAUGUUUCCUAAAAUUGGUGAAAAUGUUACAUUAAAAUGUAGCAGCAAUAAUAUAAAAAAUUCUAAUGUGUUGUGGCAAAUGGAUCAUAAAGAAUUACCUGGUCAAGCUAAAGUUAUGGAAAAUGGAGAUCUAUUCAUUUCAUCAUUUGAUACAUCUGAUGCUGGUAUCUAUAUUUGUGAUUUAGCAUCUGCUAGUGGUUAUGUUGGACAUGCUCCACUGACUCAAUUUGAACUGAAACUAAAAAGUGUACCUGGAUCCUUGAUAGGUGUAAGAGUUAUACCUAAUACUGUAUUAAUGCUCAUCACAUGGAGAGAAAUAGAAAACAAUGAUGGAUCUCCUGUUAAGAAUAUAACCAUUAGGUAUAGAAUUAUAGAUGAUAGAAUUUCAAGAGAUGAUUGGAGUGUUCUUCAAGUAAAUCCAUUUAAGAUUCACAAAGAAAUUUAUUCGUUACUACCGAAUACUUUAUAUAAAAUUCAAAUAUGGGCCACCAAUGAAAUAGGUGAUGGGCCCAAAACCGAAUUGACCACUAAAACAUUAAGCGAUAUGACAGAAUCUGAGUUGGAAAAACACCUAUUGGAAGGCAUUGAUACAUUUGAUACCAGAGCAUGGACAUUUGCAGUAAUUGUGAUCAUGAGUACAUUUAGUAUAUUUGUAAUAGCGUUGUGUUGUUUAUUUGUUAAGGAUCCUAGAGUACAGAAAAGAUUGGAAAACAAUGAUGAUGUUGAACGAAUUGAGUUAAUACCAAAUAUUACUAUAAAUCCUGGCUAUUGUGAAACAUAGCUAAGAUUUGAAUACACAGACACUAAUUUUUGAGUCUGUGUGUAAUCGAGUUGCUGUUGGUUAUUUAGCUCGAUAAUUUUUUAUGUUUUUUAAUUUUUAAUUUUGUUUGAUUUUUGUAUCAUAUACAUUGUAUAUUAUACAAGUUAUAAUUAGAUAUUCACUAUUUUCAAGGUGUUUUUUUAAGAUAAUAUUACGAUCUAAAACAUAGAUUAAUGUUGGGUUGCACAAAACAUUAAUGAAUCAUUAAUUAAUCAAUAGUGAGUCAUAGUCAUCAAUAAUGGUCCUUUAAACAAGAUUUAGUGGCCUACGAUUGGUCCAUUAAAUUUAAUAAAUUGUUCAUGUAACCCAGCAUAAAUAUAUUAGUACAUUAAUCAUUAAAUAUUAAAAUAUUUUACAUUUUAAUCUAUGUCCAAAUUGUUAUAUCAUACUUAUUUUGUUUUGUAUUUCUUAUCAAUUGUACAUUUUUUUUAUUUAGAAUUUAGGUUAUAUUUGUGCUAAAAGUAUCAAGUUAUCUUAUCCGGGAUUUGAUCUAGUACAAAUUCUAAGUCAUUUAAUUUAAUUAAGGUCAUGUUGAUCUUAUAGUAUUUUUUAAGAGGUGCUUUUAAGUGUAGGGUGCUUACUAAAACAUAACAAAAUAGUUAACAAGACAUAUUAUGUAGAUAUAGAUUAAAUUGUAUUAUGAUAGGCCACACAAUAUUAAUUAUUUCAUAUUAUAUUUAUCCACAGGGUUAAUUAAUUUCAUUUUUAAGUAAUAUUUAUAUCAAACAACUAUUAAGAUUUUCUAUAGUUUACAAAUAUACAUAAUAUAUAAUAUGAUUAUUUUUAAACAUUUCAAGUUAUUGAGCGACUACAAAAUUAAUUUCAUUUUGAACUGAAAAACAAUUUAUAUUUUUAUCAAUUACUACCCUAUUUGAAUUGUUUAAUCUAAUCUAUCUUAAUAUUUCAUUACUACUUAUACAGUAUACAAAAUAGAUCAUUGAUCAAAUACUGUAUAAUAAUCUUAUAAUAGUAAUUUUUUACCCUAGAUAAAUUCAUACUUGUGUGGGUAUGUCAAAUGACAUGCCAAUCCCAAAAAUUUCUGAUAUCUCACCAUAUGAUUUUAUACUAAAAUUCAAAACCUAUUAUUCAUUAAGAGAUUUGUA